GUAGUGACCUACCGGGAGCUUCUGCUCUCUGACUAGUCGCUUCUAGCAAGUUUCGAUACCUGCUAUACUAUACGUGCUAUAAAGGAGCUAAGGAAUUUUAAACCGCAAAACCGCUUCGCUGGCGUCUUGACCCUUUCGGCGGGAUGUGUUUACGCGCUCCCAUGCUGUGCGCUGACAAAACACAGCAGUACGCAUUACAUAGACCAUGCAAUCGGCGCUGCCGACAGCGCGCUGGCUUCAGCCUUUGCCUGUGGCCGGCGUUGACUUGCGCUGGCGCCUUCGAGAGUGCGCUUGUUUGCGAACUACUCUCGCGCACAUAAACGGCUACGGUCAUUAAAGCGCCUAAACACCAGCUUCAAUUUCGAAUGGCUGACGCGGACGGAAUGGAAGCCGUACCUCCGAUUUGCCAAUCGUUCCGCGCUAUUUAGCCCUGUUGUCCCGCACUUGGCGGUAUUAUACCAAGCUUGGAUACCUUACUCUAAACACUCUACGCGCUAACUUAGCCUUCUGUCGUCGUCGACUUCCCCGGUCAACCGAAGCUUCCAUUCGAGGUGAGCAACGCGCUCGCUUUCACGCGGCGCGCAUACUCUGCUGGCUUGAGAUCUAGGUGUAGGAUGGUUUGCGCUCUCAUAGGAGUGCGAGCUCUGCAAGUGCCUGUCCGGCUCCCGCUCAUGACCUCGCUGUUGACUUUGGCCGUGCGAGCCUAGGGCAAUGUCGCAGUGCCCCACUCGCAUGGCGUCAUCCAUUGUGAUGGGCGUUACCGCCCUGGUUUUCUGCACUUGGGCUGUGUCGCUGGCGGGCCUUGCCUCUGUCCAGGACAAGUGUGAGUCCGGAUGGUCGGAUGCUCUUGGACUGGCCAUCAACGGCUACUCCACUGGCCUUGCCUGCUACUCCUUCUUCCGCUACUACUGGUUCAUCGUGAGCCUUGAGGUCUGCCUGAUCUUUGGUCUGGCCGGUGUCCUUGCUUCCGGCGCCUACGCCAAGUUCCGCAACUCCUUCCUGGGCCUGUUCUGCGUGGCAACCCUGCUGUACAUCCAGAUGAGCGACACCUCCCUGACCACCGACACCUUGACUGCUGACGCUGCCCAGAGCCAGCUCAAGAACCGCGUGCGCACCUGGAUCGCCGGCUCCAUCAUGACCGCCACCGUCAACUGCUUCCUGAUCAUCGCCCUGGGCAUGACUGAGUCAGACGCUGCCCCCGCGGCCCACCACGCUGCCGAGGAGAAGGCCAACGCCGUCUAAGACUCUCCCAUCUUGCUCGUGAAAAAUAAAUGGUCGGGUUGUUUCAGGCUGUGACCCGUGAGUACCCAGCUAGCUAUCUUGAUGGCGCUUGCCAUGUGAUCUCUUGAGUAUUGCUACUAAAGCUGUGACUCGGCCGCAUCCAGACGCGUACAUAGGAUACCGACUGACGCGCGUUAUGCUUGACUAGGACUGAGGGGAGUGCACCAGCUGUGAGGCUUGCCCUGGCUAUGAUCAUUCAUGUGUGGUAUUGAUAUGAAGAGCUUCAUGCUCUGACGCCGUGCGGAAAGCAUGUGUGGUGUGAGGCAUGUGCGGUGCCGCACAGACUUUGACUGCACAUAAGACUCCUGUCUUGCACCGGCACGUGGAAAGCAAAAGGGGUGCAAGGCAUGCCAUUGUUUAGGCUGCAAAUGAAGGGAGGAAUAAAUGCCACCUGUAAUGCCUGCAAGCGUGCACGAGCUGUGUCACUUCCAUGGACGGGCGGGAGGGCUCGCCAUCCACGGUCGAGUGGGCGAUUCAUUUAGGACAGGUGGGUUCACAGACAGGCGGAUUCAGAACCGUGUCCAGACCGUGUUGAGAAGCUCUCGGCGACUGGCGCGCGACAUGUAGGAGUUCAAAUUGCGUGGGUUUAGGCUGUGCAGGAAGGAUGGGUUAUGGGUGACCCUCGGAUGUGGGUCGAAGAGGGGUCCUGUAACCCGCCGCACGC